UUGGCUUGUUGGAUUGCCGAUUUUGGCCCAUUGGACAAGGUUGCAAGCGGUAUCGGCUUUACACGCUGAACAAGACAAUUUGGCUGCACGCACUCGUGUAGCUUUUAUUCGUCUUGGUGCUUUACUUAUCUGUGCGAUCACUCCAUUACGGUAACGGUCGAGACUGUGGAAUCCUGUACAAGCAAAACUAGGAGUUUGUUGGCACUUGCUCCUUCCGUCCGUGUGUGUGUACACACACGACUCUUUCGUUCCUGAUCCCUUGCCCCCCGCCUUGCACUGUGUUUGGUUACGAACAUUGUCAAGCCUCAACCCAACCGAUACAACAAAUAGCCAGUGGUACACUACGGUUGAAAAUUCCCACGUCAUCACCUUGUAUCUUUUUGCGUUCCUUUUACACCUCUCGGUACUCUAUUCGCGGACGACUGCCGUACCAUCACCCCUAAACGCACACAACUGACUACGGAUACUGAUCAUUACCUUGGAGAGCUGAUUUACGAGCUUUCAGUAGCGGCCCUGCUUUGGGAACGAUGAGGUCUUCCGGACAGGAUGAUGCGGCUGGCGAGCCAGGGGACAUUGUUUUAAACGGUAGAGACCAGCAGACAACUGACCUUGAUGAUGGUCGUCUCAUGGUCGAUGGCGGCGCUGCCCGCAAUGACGCUAGUGGACGAAGACAGAGUUGGUCGGGCGAGAGUGGGAGUGAAUCCAGUGAUGAUAAACUCGGGGUUUCUUCCGAGAAGCCAGCGUCGGGCUUGAUGCUCCGGAAGGUGCCUUCUUUCAGCGCCUUGAGAACAAAUCCAGCUCCACCCACGGCGCGUAGCACGCUACCCGUACGCCAUAACCCUUUGCCGUCUGCCCACCACAACAAUGGACCCUAUCCACACAAUUACCAUCCACACCAUGUUACCCCCACACCGCUGCCCACCCGUGUUUCUAAUACCACAACGAGCGUACCCUUGCCUCCGCCUACCGCUCGUAGCUCCACUCCUCAAGCAGACCCGAACCGACGACUCUCAAAGUUUAAGAGCGGCGAUUCGAUAAAGUCGUUAAUGGGAGUGCUAGCCGAUGGCGAUCGUGACCGCGAACUGGUUGUAGAGACGGAUGCAGCAUUACAGGGACUAGGGCGACCGCCCCUUUUCAAAACUCCGACUGCGCCUGUCAAGGUCGCUAGGGCGGGCAAAAUGGAAGAAGAUGCCGAGGAAUUUGUGUGGAGUGGUUCGCCCGAUCCACACAAGACUCGCUCGAAACGUUCAUUUUCGAAUCACCUUCUUCCAGCCCCCAACGACCCUCCGCCUGGGAUAGCGCCAAUUGCAGCGUCAACGGCCCCUCGUCCAGACGGACUGCCAAACGAGUACUUACCUCCACCAUCGGUUACAAACGGCUCCAAUGCGAGCGCAAAUGCGGACCUGAUGGCUCCCCGGUCUCAGGGACCAAAGCUAAAGAAGAGCUCAGAGUUCAAAGCGCUUCCAAAACGGAGCGGGCAACCUGCAGCUCCUUUCUUGCCGAUGUCGUCGGGGCAUUAUGGUGCUACGUCAAGUGCCGCUUUCCUUCAAUCUCCUGCUCAUACGAUAGCAGAUGUACCUGUGACGCUGACAAUGCCGUCUUAUCGGCAGUCGCCUGUCAUGACGCCAACUCUUCCGGGGCCUGGGGAAGGAUCGGCAUAUAUGCAGUAUGCUGGACAUGGUAAUUUUGACAGUGAGAGGGCGUAUUUACUUGGCACGAAAAGACACGAGUUUCGUCGACAAAGUCUUCCCCGCGACAUUGAAUCUUCAAGUGAUUUUGAACGUCCGAAGGGCCGCUCCUUUGUGUUGUCUGUCGGAUGUCUUGUGUUUGUUGCUCUCGCGCUUUUCGCCAUGGUCGCCUUCUGUGUUCAGCCACUGACCAACCUGAGCAUUCUUCGGGUUGGUAAUAUUCACGGUACACUUAGUAUCUUUGAAUUCGACAUGACGCUCUCUGCAACAAACGAGAAUAUUAUUCCCGCCUAUGUGGAUGAAUUGGACGUGGAUGUCUUUGUGGGUGGUGCCAUAGGGUUAGAAUCCGAGGACCUUUUCGAAAGCGGUGAAAGCAAUAGUACUAUUGCACUUGGCAAGGAGCUGUUGGGGCACGUCCGUCGUGUGACACCAACCACAACUUUCACGCCCUUGUCACGAACGAACGCGAACACGCACAUUGCUAUCCAUGACCCUGAAAAUACACUUGGUAGAGUGAUAUACAUGCGCUUUCCGUAUACCCUAACAGUGCGAGGAUCCGUAACGUAUUCGUCAUUGUGGUGGUUUCAGUUUGUGGAAACUGUCGAUUGUGUCACAAGAGUGGAAGCCAGUGGACGGACGGAUCCUGGGAGGACAUGGAUAUGUCAUGCCGAGGGUGAAUUGGAGGAUUAUGAUUGACAUCCGCGAGACCCAAUGGACGUUGUUUGUUCGUUUCAUCUUUCAAUGUAAAUACCUUGUGGGAGGAUAGAAGGGUGGCUUCAACGUUGACGAGCUAAAUGUUGGCUUUUGGUUAAAACUGCUCAACCACAGUGACCCAACAUUUGUCUGAUGACUUGGCAGCCUGCCGCGAUGGCGAUUUUUUGUUUGGUUUUCGCAAUAGUCAUGUUGAAUGUAUAUAUAGAGAGCCUCGGUACGCGCAGUUCUUUUUUGUGCAAUGUUUUUGGCAAUAUGCUCUUGCCAAGCGUACUGAGAGAGUAGAACAUGAAAAAUAUAAUGAAAAACACCAA